CAUAUUUUGUUGAAGGUUUUUCAUUCGUUUCUCUUCUUCCUGUAACCUGGAAAGGACUUUAAUGAUGCUUCAAAGCCAAGAACGUUGUCAGGGGCCAGGUGGAAGGAAGGAAGAACGGAAGGAAUGUGCGACGAGUCGUGACCAGCGGAAGGCGGCCAGUCGACGAUACAUUUCCGGUGGUCGGCGGCCACUUGGAGCAAGUUUGCCCCUUGAUCGUGGACAAUAACGUGGGCGAGGACCGCUCGUUACACGCUACAUGCCCACGAAGGAUAUGGAUAGACGAGCGUCCUCAACGCAGUUGGCAUUCGUGACACGCACCAUCGAUGACACGAGCCACCAUGGGAUCCAUCGCUUCGCCGCACCGCGCCGCACCAUGUCGCCAGGAAUUACGAUUCUCUAUAGGCGCAUUUAUGCACCGAGAUCGACCACGAACCCCGAUGUCUCCACUGGCGCGUUCUCCUUGACGAAAACGGCCACCGGUAUACUCUUCAAGUUCAGCAACAUCGACGAUUUUCAGGCGGUCUACAAAAAGGGCUUCCACAAAGUCACCGGGGCACGCUUCUACAAGAAGGUCGCUAUACCCUGCAGACCGGCGAAGACGUUCACCGUCUACGUUUUGGACGUACCUGAAGAAUUACCCGAGGAGGAUAUUAGACACGCUCUCUACAAGUACCGGUCUAUAGUCGAAAUUACGCGGCUACCUCUCAACACGGGCACUGUUCUGAAAGCGAUCAACGACAAGUUGAAAAGCGACGCUCACAGCCAGAAUGAGCCUGCGACGAUUUACACGGGGCCACCCGUUAUAAGGGUUACCCUGGCCAGCGUGGAAGAGACCUCGACGCUGCUCAGCCGUGGACUGGAUUUUUAUGGAGCCACAUAUUUCCCCACCGAAACUCCCCAUCCAGCUGCUCAGCCCCUGGCCAAAUACAAAAACAACAGAUGGCUCGAGCUGGCAGCCGUCGGUGCUGGACAAAGAGUCAGGGAUCUGCUUCCGGUCUUCGACAACGCUGGCUUCAACAAAUUACCACCCCCGGCCAGCCGGCUGAUAAAACCACAAAAAAACUGACACGUUCCUCGACUUUUUUCAUCCCCUCUUCGAAAUUCCACGCAACUGCCGUGUUCGCGACCUCCGACCUUGAGUUUUAUCGCACUUUAGAUAGGAGCGUCGAAGAUCGGUUUCAGGGGAUCGAGAAUGCGUUAAAGGAAAUCGGAAAUUCUUUGUUGCACCGUAACAUAAUCGCGUCUGUGUAAUACUUUUGUUAACUGAAUUCCUUCAUAGUGUAAUAGAACGACGAAGAAGGCUAAAGGGAACGACUAACAAACUACUUCCUUAAUUCGUGAAGCUAGAUGUAAAAAUUUGUAACAUCGGCUGCUCCUACCUAACCAGUUUUAACAAUUCGGUUAUGAUUUCUACGGAGAUGAACAAUUACUCGUUCUAACAUUAAAAUUAAGUAAUUUUCAGAAAACAGAAUUGAUCGGUGUUUGGUUUCUGAUUGGGCGUUAUAGUACAGCGUUACGGUAUCGUAUUCCAUACUUUGUCCAACUUUCUCUCGUACUACACUGUGAGAAGGUUAACAAUUUGCUCGAUAGGUUGACUCGGUGAUCCACCAGGUAGAACGAUUCCUAUGCAAAAUCCUUUUUAAAAUACAUUUUGAACAGUUCGAAGAAACGGGAUUUUACCAUUUACGUUUUUCGCUGAUGGUGAAAAUGUAUUUAUCACGAUGAUUUGUGCCUGAUGCUGAAGAGAACGGUGAAUCCUGUGGAAUAGCGAAUAAAACUAAAUAUUGAAAAAAGAUAUGUCUUAAAAGAUAAGCUUCUAUCGAAUUUUUAUUCAUAUUGUAAUAAAGACUUAAACUGGUA